GCAUGAAUCAUAUACAAUGAUUUAAGUAGAAAUUAAUUGUUUCUUCAAAUUCUUAAUGAUUUAAUUACGUUAAUGAUCACAAACCCACUAUAAAUAAGCUCUUACUGUGUGCACUUCUCUUGGCAUAACAAAGAAAGAACAGCCAUUGAUACCUGAUCACUAGUGUCACUCAAAGAAUAGGCCUCUCUUUGUUUUUCAUCUCUUAAUUUCUGAUCUACCAGGAAAACAAAAGAGAGAAAAUUGUUAAACGGUUCUUUUCUUUUUUUUAGUCAAAGAUAUCUCUGUUCUUUUUCAGGAAUGUCGAUGAUUCCAGGUGGUUUCAAUGCAAAUACUCUCUUCAGUUCAUCAAGCAAUUUCAGCAAUCAGUUCAACAUUACUGAUCCUCUCUCUGUUACAAUGUACUGGCAAGAAACAGCCUUUGUCAUCACUGCCAAUGUGCAAGUGUUCAGGACUGAAGAUGUGAGGGUUGAGAUCAGGGGCAGAAACGUGGUGCUGAAAAUAGGUGGUGGCCGUCAGAACUGUGGAUGCAUAAAGAGCUGCCAAUUGCCAAGCAAUGUUAAUGUGGACAUGACCACCACUUCAAUCAACAAUGGAGUUCUCUUUGUUAAGGUCCCAACAGUGGAAAAUGAACCAAGGAAACAUAAUCCUCCUGUUGUUGCUAAUGCCUAUAGACGCCGCCGCAGCUUCUUCUGCUAGCUUAGCUUAGCUUAGGUUUCAAUAAUUCUUUGCUUUGGCUGUGAAAAUUAGGUGUUUUCAACUAUAUAUAGUCAUGUAGAUUGUGCCAUUUUAUGCUUAGUUAAAUGGCAUUAUUAAGUGGAAUGUUUUGGUAUUUGAGGAUGUGAGUAGCAAUGAUUUAUUUCUCUUAAAAUUUCAAUAUAUGAAAAUUAAAUAGUUU